CUGAGUCGACCUGGGUGACCACCAGACGUGACACUAACUGCGCAUGUGUCAGUUGGACUACUCCAUUCUUUUCGAGAGUGGACUAUGCCACAAUUAUGGCGUUUUCUUUGACACGAGAAGAUGGACAACUUCCUGCUCCCAAAGUAAGAGUCAGUUCUGUGCUGAACAGGGAUGUGAAACAGUUCGGCAAGAAGUUCAUGUUUGAUGGUGACGAGGAAACUUGCUGGAAUUCAGACCAGGGUAGUCCACAAUGGAUUUUGGUGGAGUUCACAGAAGAAGUGUGCCCAGAAGAAAUCCAGCUGCAGUUCCAGGGAGGCUUUGUAGGUAAAGACUGCUGGCUGGAGGGUAGCAGUGGUGAUGGGGACCUAACAAGGUUCAUGGACUUCUACCCAGAAGAUGUCAACUCUGUGCAAAGAUUUACAGUAAAGGAAGCACCAUCAGUCAAGAGGUUACGGAUAGUCUUUCCCACUAGCACUGACUUCUUUGGAAGAGUCACAGUAUACAAGUUGGACAUCAUAGGGACAAGUAUAUGAAACUUGAGACAUCCUAUAUCAACAUCAUUAUUUUUUUACAAUAAAAAUGAAUGUCAGAUA